UCACGCAGUGACAUAAUUUACCAAUUAUUUACGUCUCAAAUUGCCAAAUCAUUUUGGACAAUAAAUAAACCAUAUUGUUUUUAAUCCGUUCAUAUACACAAUGCAUUGAAACAAUUAGAAACCAAAUUUAAAAAUGAAUGACCAAGACCCUUGCUGGCCUUGCGAACAAGAUGUAAUAGAAAAAUUGCCUCCUUGUCCCUUACAAUGCAGAUCAGAGAAAUGCAAGGCGUUUAAAAAGAUUUCCUUGGAAGGUAUACCAAUAGUAUGGGUGCUCGGCGGCCCAGGUUCUGGGAAAGGCACUCAGUGUGAGAAAAUUUUAAAGAAGUACGGGUUCAUCCUGUUGUUAACUGAUGCGUUGGUUCGCGAGGAGGUGAAAUCAGGCUCGGUUCGUGGGAAGUGCCUGUCUAAGAUUUUGGAACGAAAUGACACAGCUCCAAGUGAUGUGACUAUUGAUCUGCUGAAAGACGCCAUCUACAAAAGCGCUAGGGCUGCCAAGGGGUUCCUUCUUGACGGAUUUCCGAAAGAAAAGAGCCAAGCUGUCAUGUUUGAGAAAAGAAUUAGACCCUGCACGGUAAUUUUCUACCUCGAAGCAACAUCAGACACCUUGACGAAGCGGAUCAUGAAGCGAGAGCCCUCCGCGAACGAGCAAGCCGUUAAACAGAGGGUGAAGGCCACGUUUGAAGUUGACGAACUGCUGUUGGCUGCAUAUUCUGAUAAAGCGUUUAGAAUAAAUGCUGAGAAUGAUGCAGACACAAUGUUCCGCGAGCUGUCGGAGAUCCUGGACUCAUUCAUCCCCAAGAACACCGGAACCACUGUCUUACCAUAAUUAAUCUUGAGAUACCUCUUUCCUAAUGUCGUUUUUAUGAUACACACUGAACUGAUCUGCUAGUCAAGACAGAACAAGUUGUUUCCAUUCCCAAAUAAAACCUAAUCACUGGUCAAAACGGC